CGCCCUCGUGAAAUUCAUUUAACCCAGAGAGACACCCCGGACUCACGACUAGUUAGAUCGACUCUUUUGACAUCGGUGUUACUCUUCAUCACGAUCGCAAUGCGAGUUGUUCCUCAAGUCAUUUGUUCUCUAAGCCAAUUUGUCGUUUAAUCUCGUGGUAUUGUUAGAUUUUUUCAUGUGCAAAAUGCCAAUGUUAACGUAUAGUGGCUGUGGUGUAGGAGCUGCGGAGGCCGAAAAUGGUUCCCCAGCAGGAUCAUUACUAUCCGGCGAAGGAGAAGAAGCCGGUGAUUCGCCUGGAACAUCGAGAGAUACUGAGGAGGAAGCCACGCUUUCUGAUGAGUUUUAUUCUCACGAUACAGACGAGGACGAAGAACAAAGCAAAAGACGACGGGACCGUGCCAGCUCCCUAGACGGCAUCUCGUCUUCUGGUCAUUUGGGAUCGCCUACGCCCCGGGUAGGCAACUUAGGAGUUAGGAAAUUAUUUACUAACAGCCGUGAACGAUGGAGGCAGCAAAACGUAAGCGGUGCUUUCGCCGAACUUCGUAAAUUAGUGCCGACUCAUCCGCCAGAUAAGAAGUUGUCAAAAAAUGAGAUUUUACGGAUGGCAAUAAGAUACAUAAGAUUACUAAGCAAUGUUCUGGAAUGGCAAAAGAGUCAAGAUCGUAAUGGGAUGCAACACGACGUACGCAUCAAGUGCGAGUCGCAUUUGAACAACCAAAUCUCUGCCACGUACCACGUGAAGCCGGCCAUAACAUUUCUGAAGCAAGAGAAGCUGAGUAACGAAAAUUCUCACGUUUUUCGCGGUAAUUAUGUUGCGCAGAAGCAUAGUACACACGCGUGUGACAAGAACGGCAGCAAUUUACUGAUGAUUGCCCCGAGCGGACUCAAUACAGCUAUUUCUGCGGGAAAACGCUGCGUUACUCCCUCCAUCGUCGUUACUCAAGGCAACUUUCACAGUAACAGCAACGGAAAUAUUAUACGUUCUCCAUCGAGUGGACGGUCCUCAAGUUUCCCAAAAUCACCGCAAGUCUCAGCGAAUACUAACUUAGUACCUAACGGCUCCUCUUCAUCUUUGACGGGUAAUACGUCGGUUGCAAACGGAAUAGGAUCGAGCGGUUCGAACUGUGCCCAAAAAAGAUUUAAGGUCGAGCGAGAAGAGGAAGACCAGGCGUCGAGGGAUUGUAGAGCACCUCCACCGCCUGUUCAUAAUAUCCCGGUCAGGAAAAGAGUCAAAAUUGCAUUCAUAAAGGAUUCAAGUUCAGGAUUUCGUGAUUUGUCUGGUGCAGAUCGCAAGUGAAGCAUUGACAAGAGAGGUCUGUUUGUCGAACUGAUUACUUUGCUUUAAGUGCACGCACGUUGUGUAAAUACUUCUCUUAUGCUGUAUUUGACAAUAAUUGUGACGUACGAUACGAAAUUAACUCAAUACUUUCUUUAAUCUCUCGUGUUUAAUAUCUUGAGUUAAUGUAUCAAAACUUUAUUUCCAAUUACUUAAAUACCAAAGAUACUUUUUCUAUACUAAAUACUCUAUUCUCGUUAAAUUAUUAUAUAUAUAUAUUUAAUUUUGUAAUUCAUUUAAAUAUUGAUUUAAUAAAAAUCCCUUCUUGUUAUAAA